UGUGGGGUGGUGGUCAUUGUUCCUGUGGUGAAAGUUUAUUACGGUAGCCUAGUUGUGGUGAGUAGUGCAGGCCAGGCGAUAAGCAAGGCAGCCCCAACUGGCUGUCAUGUUGCGGAGGCAUAAUAAAAGCCUGGGUGUCACACAGUUCCUUCAUGCAUUUCAUCUAACACACAACUCUGUGAAAAACCUGGGAUCAGGACCUGUGACUGCAGCAAUCUACGUGCAUCCGACAACGAUGAAUUCUUUCGAAGAUAACCAGACAGAUCUGGAGGUGAUUUUGGACUUUCUGGAGGAACACUACAGACAGGGCACUGGAGAUGGCGGAGAAAAAGGUUGUUCUCUAUUAGCGUUAGUUAACCGCUCCAUCAUUGUUACUGUGGUUACAGGUAGAAAGGUGCGUCUGUUUCACUUCUUGUUUGAGAUGCUGGAGAACCUUGGCAUGGCCCACUGCAUUUCCUGGGUGCCAGCGGCAGCAGACGGAGUGUUCCGCUUCUCUUCCCGGAACAAGGAACAGGUAGCAGCACUCUGGGGGCAGAGGAAAGGCAACAGGAGGCCCAUGACCUACCAGAAGAUGUCCAGGGCACUGAGGAACUACGCCCGGUCUGGAGAGAUCUUCAAGGUGAAGAUGAAACUGACCUAUCAGUUCAGCAGAGCGACCUUGAGUGCCUUGAGGAAGUGCCAUCAGGGAAAACUGUAAAGGACACAUUUUCACAUGAAAAACUGUAAUCUAUUGUAAAUAUCAAUCAUCUAUUCGAUCAUCAAAUCAAUCAUCAAUAAUUUGAAGACUGACUUGAUUUAGUCUGUAGAUUUGUAUCAGUAGCUAGGCCUGCUGUGUGAUAUUUUACACAGACAGAGUUAUAUGACUGGCAUGUUGUGUAGGCUUCUGCUAUAGGAUACUAAAC